ACCAUUCAAUCAAGACUUUGCUUAAACACACAAAGUAGACAUGAGUUCACCACCACCACCAGCCACACUAGUCCCGUUGCCCUCAAACUUGGUGCCGACCGAUUGGAGUCCUGAAUGGAUGAACAAGGCCGACAACGCGUGGCAGCUCACAGCGGCUACACUUGUCGGCCUUCAGAGUGUCCCUGGGCUUAUAAUCUUGUAUGGUGGAGCCGUUAAGAAAAAAUGGGCUGUUAACUCGGCUUUUAUGGCGCUCUAUGCUUUUGCUAUGGUUCUUGUUUGUUGGGUGUUAUGGGGUUAUAGGCUCUCUUUUGGGGAUAAACUCAUCCCGAUAUGGGGUCGAAUCAAUGCUGCAGUUAUGCAAAAGUAUCUUCUUGAAAGAGCGUUUCUUGGUAUGUUUCCAAACGCGACGAUGGUGUUUUUUCAGUUUGUUUUCGCCGCCAUUACUCUGAUUCUGAUUGCGGGGGCAGUUUUGGGACGGAUGAACUUCUAUGCGUGGAUGUUGUUUGUUCCGCUUUGGCUUACGUUUUCCUACACCUUUGGCGCGUUUACAAUCUGGUCUACUAAUGGUUGGUUAGCUUUGAUGGGAAUAAUCGACUACUCGGGUGGAUAUGUCAUCCAUCUCUCGUCCGGAGUUGCUGGCUUCACCGCUGCUUUUUGGGUUGGUCCAAGAUUAACCAAAGAUAGAGAACGAUUUCCACCAAAUAACAUCAUUCUUAUGUUAGCUGGGGCUGGCCUGUUAUGGAUGGGUUGGACCGGGUUCAACGGCGGUGACCCUUACUCUGCGAGCGUUGAUGCUUCCUUAGCCGUCUUGAACACCCAUGUCUGCGCCGCAACAAGCCUAUUGACAUGGCUCAUCCUUGAUGUUGUGUUCUUUAAGAAAGCUUCCGUAAUUGGUGCCGUUCAAGGCAUGAUCACCGGUCUAGUUUGCAUCACCCCGGCUGCAGGGGUGGUGCAAGGAUACUCGGCAAUACUUAUGGGACUUUUGUCGGGAUCGAUACCUUGGUUCACCAUGAUGGUGGUGCACAAGAGAUCCAAGCUUCUCCAACAAGUUGAUGACACAAUGGCGGUCCUACACACGCACGCAAUAGCCGGUUCACUAGGCGGCAUCCUCACGGGCCUAUUUUCUGAGCCACAUUUGUGUUACUUGUUCUACGGAUACCCGGCCAAAUACAUGGGUUUGUUUGCCGGUUUGCAUCAUGGUCACAAACAAAGUAUCCGAUACGGAGUUAGACAAAUGGGUAUUCAACUACUUGGUAUUUUGUUUGUGGUCGUUCUUAAUGUUGUGAUGACAAGCUUAGUGUGUUUGUUUAUCCAACUAUUCGUGCCAUUGAGGAUGUCGGACGAGGAUAUGGAGAUUGGGGACGAGGCGGCUCAUGGGGAGGAGGCGUAUGCGAUCUGGGGUCAAGGUGAACGACUCGAGAAUUCGCGAUACUCGAACUAUAAUGACAUUGAGGUCCCAAGCAAGGCUGGUGGUGGUUCGGUUGAGUUGACAUGAAAAAACCUUAGUUGUGACUAAGUGUGUUUAGGUUUGAACGACUCAUGGAGUCGAAAUUUUAUGUUGAAUAAAGAAUGUAAUGUUGUUACUCCUUUCAAGGAAUAAUAAUCCGUGUACUCACAAAACAACCUCAUUUUUAAAUAAAAAUUUUGUUAUUUCACUUGCGCUAA